AUGCCGGUCGUUAUUGGAGUAGACGUUGGUGGCACCAACACAGAUGCCGUGGCUAUUGACCUUGCCUUGAGCCAGACGAAGCCAGUCGAAAGCAUUCUCAGCUCUGCAAAGAUUCCGACAACCUUUGACGUUAGUCAUGGCAUUAACGAAGCUCUCAAUAGCGUGAUAGGGUCUCUCUCUCAGAAUGCUAGAGACGAUAUCGUAGCCGUCAAUAUCGGUACUACACACUUCAUCAACGCCGUCAUAGAAAAGGACUCUAGGAAGCUAGCCAAACUUGCUGUCCUGCGUCUCAGCGGGCCAUAUGGUGCUGAAGUACCUCCUUUUGCCGGUCUGCCCGACGACCUGAGGCAAAUCGUUGAGGGCUUUAGUGCAUCUCUACCAGGUGGCCUUGAGAUUGAUGGUCGAGUCAUCACACCCCUCGAUGAAGGUGCAGUGAGAGAAACAGCCGAGGAGAUUCGCGCAGCUGGUAUCAAGGACAUCGCAGUCAUUGGAGUAUACUCCCCGAUUGACUCUGUGCAUCGCCAGGAAGACCGCGUCGCUGAAAUCCUUCACUCUGUCCUGGGUGAAGGUAUCAACGUUACUCUUUCGCAUAAUGUGGCAGGAAUCGGCUUCAUCGAGAGAGAGAAUGCCACCAUCCUCAAUGCGACCAUCCUACCAUUUGCUCGCAAGACGAUCCGCCAGUUUCAGCGUUCCAUCAGAGAUUUGAAGCUCUCAGCAAACCUUUUUCUUACCAAGAAUGAUGGUACUCUCAUCAAUGCAGAAGAUGCAUCAAGCCUACCAGUAUCUACCUUCCUAUCCGGGCCAACGAACUCGUUGACGGGUGCUGUCUUCCUUGCCAAUAUCCAAGACCGUCUCAACCAAGGCGCUCUUGUUCUCGACAUUGGCGGAACAACAUCUGAUGUCUGCGCAGUAGAGCCGUCGGGUCUUCCACGCCCAGCGGCCGCAUUCUCUCAUCUCGCAGGAGUAAGGACCAACUUUUCCGUCUCCAAUCUGCGCAGCAUCGGUGUUGGAGGAGGUUCAAUUGUUCAGUUGAGCGACCUAGGAGAUGCGGUAACUGUCGGACCUCAAUCUGUGGGCAAAGAGCUGACUACCAGGUCUCGGGCUUUUGGAGGCCAGAAUCUGACUACGACCGACAUCCUUGUCGCGGGUGGACUAAAAGGCAUAGGCGACAAGUCGCUAGUGUCUGAUAUUUCACCCUCGGAUGUUGGCCGAGUGAAAGAGCACAUAAAUCGUCUUUUGGAAAGGGUUAUUGACGAAAUGAAAACGACCGAAACUGAAGUCCCGGUUAUCCUGGUCGGAGGUGGCAGCAUCCUCUGCUCAGAGAGACUCAAGGGCGUAUCAGACAUCCUACGACCACCUUUCGCACAUGUUGCCAACGCAGUUGGUGCCGCCAUGGCCAGGGUAUCAGGUUUGGCAGAUACUAUUGUCAACGUUGUCGAUCAGGACGCGGAAAAACAAGCUGUCAGUCAGGUCCGAGAACAAGCUAUCCUUGAAGCUCGCCGGAACGGAGCAGAAACCCCAGAAGUCGUCGAGGAGACCAUCUUGCCGGUUCUUUAUACCAGCACGAGGUCGCUACAUAUAAUUAUACGAGCUGUUGGUAAACUUUCAACCACUGGGUUCAAGCCUCGACAUGGCAUGGCAAAAUCCCUUCAUGAAGAAGAUGACCACGACUAUGAGAACUCAGCAAGGACGACUGAGAUAGCAAACACAUCACCUCCAAGUGCCGGUGCUAUUGACACGUCUCCAGCGUCUAUCGACACUUAUCGCCCAAAGAUCACCAACAACCGGUGGAUUCUCUCUCAAAUCGACCUCGACUUUAUUGCGGAAGGCUGUGCCAUCCUCGGGUGCGGCGGAGGAGGAGAUAUCUACGCAAGUCACCUCAGUGUCAAAAAGCUCUUUUCCGCUGGCAGAACAGUCGAAGUCAUCUCGCCAGAGGAAUUGCCUGACGCAGGUUUCAUUCCAGCCGUCGCUGUAAUGGGUUCUCCGAGUACUUUCUCAGAGCGACUACCCUCGGGAGAAGAAUUGAAGAACUCGAUCAACGCAGUGUUAAAGUCCCAGAGUCUGGGCAUCGACGAUCUAACAGCAGUCAUGAGUCUUGAAAUUGGAGGCUCCAACGGAAUGAGAGGAAUACAAGCUGCGCUCUGGACGGGCAAGCCCCUUGUUGACGCCGACCUGAUGGGUCGAGCGUAUCCUAACCUGUGGCAAGUGACGCCCAAUAACGCGGGUAUUUUGCUUGCGCCUGCAGCUGCCUCGGAUGGUAAGGGAAACACAAUCGUCCAGACCCAGGCGAGUUCGAACAGAGACAUUGAGGAUAUGCUGCGAGCUGUGUGUGUCCAGAUGGGACAAGCAGCGGGAAUAUCUCUUGGUGCACUCACCGGUCGUCAGGUGAAGAAGGUGGCCGCCCAGUUCUCGAUCUCGCUUGCUUGGCGCCUCGGUCGAGCUGUACAACUAGCGAGAUCGAACAAACGAGAUAUUGUAGCCAGUAUUCUUGACACGCAUCCUGGUAAAAAGAUCGUUACUGGAAAGAUCACCAGCGUGACACGCCAUGUCCGUGGUGCCUUUACCGAAGGAUCAGCAACUAUUGUACCCUUCAACGAUGCAGAGUCUAGCUCUUCUGCAGCAAAAGAUAUCAGGAUCAUAUUUCAGAACGAAAACAUUCACGUGUUUCGGGUCGAGGGCCAGGUCACGCUGAGCAGUGUACCGGAUCUCAUCUGCCUGCUUGAUGCUGAGGAUGGCAGAGCAUUAGGCACCCAGGAUUAUCGAUACGGGCUACGGGUUCAUGUUGUAGUCUUGGCUGGGAGCCCGCAAUGGAAACAAGGAGAAGGCCUUAAGAACGGCGGUCCAAAAGCCUUUGGGUGA